AUGAGUGACUUGGAUAGAGCGAUUGCACAACUGCGAGCAUGCCGACCUAUUCCCGAAGCGCAAGUUCGAGAGCUAUGCCAUAAGGCAAGAGAACUGUUGAUUGAGGAGGGAAACGUGGUUACCGUGAAGGCUCCGGUCACAAUCUGCGGGGAUAUCCAUGGGCAAUUUCACGAUUUGAUGGAGUUAUUUCGCGUUGGAGGUGACGUGCCAGAUACCAACUACCUAUUCAUGGGCGAUUUCGUCGACCGAGGUUUCUACUCCCUAGAAUCGUUCCUCCUUCUUCUGUGCCUCAAAGUACGAUACCCCGACCGAAUGACCUUAAUACGAGGUAACCACGAAUCAAGACAAAUCACAACAGUUUAUGGCUUUUACGACGAAUGUUUACGGAAAUAUGGGAGCGCAAACGUAUGGCGAUAUUGCUGCGAGGUUUUCGAUUACCUCGCACUAGGAGCCAUAGUUUUAGGGGCAUCGACGGCACUUGAGCCAUCUAAACAAAAUGUACCAGCGAGUGCUGCAUCGACACAAGAUGAUGUGGAUUCAGAUAUUGAAAUAGAGGUCUUGAGUCACGAUGGAUCGAUAAUACAGAAAUUCCCACGAGGGAAAGCCAGGGGUCUUAUCGGACAAAAUAAUUCCGCAGCAAAGAGAUCAUCAUCGCCCGCGGCAAAGACUGGUCCACCAGGGACAGGAGCCUCUGGUUGGAGCAGAGGCUCCACAGGGAGCAGCAGCGGCGCUGUGCUCUGUGUCCACGGCGGCCUCUCCCCUUUAAUUGACGGCGUUGACAAGAUUCGCCUCCUUGACCGCAAACAAGAAGUUCCCCAUGAAGGGGCAAUGUGCGAUCUCCUCUGGUCUGACCCUGACGAAAUUGACGGCUGGGGCCUCUCCCCCCGCGGGGCAGGCUUCCUCUUCGGCGCCGACAUUGUCAAGGUCUUCAACCACGCCAACGAUCUCUCCAUGAUCGCGCGUGCCCAUCAACUUGUUAUGGAAGGCUUCAAGGAGAUGUUCGACAACAGCAUUGUCACAGUCUGGUCGGCGCCCAAUUACUGCUAUCGUUGCGGCAAUGUAGCUGCGAUCCUAGAGCUGGGCGAAGACGGUAUGGGUGAGAGUGCCCACGCUCGCAGCAAUGGCGACGUGAAUAGGAGUGACGGAGGUAUCAUGAAGGAGAAUGAAAGGGUGUUAUUGGCCGGCCCUGCGAGGAGAUAUCGGGUUUUCCAAGCCGCGCCACAGGAUUCAAGAGGCAUGCCGGCCAAGAAGCCGGUUGCUGACUAUUUCCUUUAG